AAUGUAUAUUAUUGUGAGUUUUCAGACUAAUAUGUUAAAUGAAGGACUAUAAUGUUGUACCUUCUCAUGAGACUAAAGAUGAAAACCAUUUUCUCCAUCUUCUCCUUUCUUUUACUCCUCUUCUUCCUUAUCUACCUCAAAUACGCUGUCCAGCAGUUCUUUAACCCUAAGGUUCUGAAUGCCCCACUUAAAGUUUUGGAUAAUUCUGUUUUUGCUGAGGAAAUUGGCCUGAUUCUUGAGGGGAAAAAAGUGGACGUUAGUUUUCCCGAUAUUCCUGUUAUGGUUUGGUGGACUUCAUUCACAGGAGAUGAUGGUUUACAGGAAUGUGAUGAUGGAAAAAGUUGUUUUGUGACAAAUGACCGGAAAUACAUGAAACAUCCAAACCUUGCAAAUAUAUUUUUCUAUGGAACUGAUUUCAGAGAGUACGACCUCCCUCUACCUAGAACUGAUGUCCAUUGGUCCCUGCUUCAUGAGGAGAGCCCUAAAAACAACCAAAUUUUCAGUCAUGCGGAUAUGAUGUCUCUUUUCAAUCACUCUUCCACCUUCAGGAAAGAAAGCGAUCUUGCUCUGACUACCCAGUACCUAGAGGGUCUAUCCAGUUUAAUAGACGAUAAAUAUACCAACUCUUUUUAUCAGAAGAAUCGGCUAGCUGAAGAUGAAGGAUUAGCCCCUGUUGUCUAUGUACAGUCUGGGUGUGAUACCCCCAGUAAUAGAGAUAUCUGGGUUCAAGAGUUCAUGAAGUACAUUCAAGUAGACUCACUGGGUUCCUGUCUAACUAACAAGGAUUUACCAGGGAGUAUUCGUGGUAGUGAGAAUAUGCAGAACAGUGAUUUCUACGCUGAGAUAUCUAAAUACAAGUUCAUGCUGACCCUCGAGAAUGCUGUUUGUCCAGAUUAUAUAACAGAGAAACUCUGGAGAGCUUUACAGCUGGGGGUCAUCCCUAUAUAUCUAGGAGCUCCGAAUGUUGACGAAUAUUUACCAAACCCAACUUCAAUAAUAUCAAUUCAGAACUUUUCAUCCGUUGAAGAUGUUGCAAACCUUGUCAAAAAUAUCGCCAAAAACGAAAAGUUGUACAUGCAGUACAUGAAGCAUAAAACAUUGAAGAAAGUGGAAAACCAGUACCUCCGACAUUUGCUAAGUGAAAGAAGUUGGGGUGUAAGUGUAGAAGACCAGAUGGAGAAGGGUAACUCUGUCAAGCAUUUCCAGUGUCUAGUCUGCACCAGGAUACACAGGAGCAACAAGUUCAAGAAUAUGGGAUUUUCUUCUGCAGUGUACAGAGCUACAAAGGAACACUAUGGUUGCCCAGUCCCGGUCCAUCCAAUCACUAAACAGGUUGAUUACUCCGAUAGAUAUGUACAAGACUAUUUCAGGAUGAAAUACAGUUCUGCGAUUAUAAAAAACUUUUCUGAGAAAGGUGCUAGGUUGCCUGGUAAAGUUGAGUUCAAUGACCUGGUAUUGGACAAAUGGAAAACGGAGUUUAUGAAAUGGAAUUCAAACAAGGAUUAAAUCCCUUCAAAGUUCCCCGUUUUCUGUGAUAAUUUACAUAUAGUAUUAUUUUUCAUUAAAAUCGACAAUAUAAGUUGGUUACAAAUGUAC